UCACAUGCUGCAGGUAAUGGCGAACAGCUGCCAGGGAACCAACUCAAAACAGCGGCUAUUAUUUCUCUAAUAGACGAAAAUCAUCUACACACAAAAACAGGAAAUAUUUUUAAAGAUAAGAUUUGAAAGACUUACGUUGUCAUGGUAACCCUUAGUAAUGUUAGCGAAGAUAAAGAGAAAGUAUAUAUACAUCAUAUUACAGGGUUUUUCUGAAAGAAAAAUGUGAGCGCGAGAGAUAUAUCUGUAAGUAUACGUACAAAGCUAUGUAUAUAGUAGGGUACCACAGGCUGACGAGAGAGGGAGGCCGAGGGACUCGGAGCUCUCGUGUAAGCACAGCAUUUGUAUUUUAAUAUUCACUCCUCCUCGUAAACGCUGGAGCCGAGUCGCCUCUGGGAUAACUAUCAACAUUACACAGAAGUGAAGCUUUACAGUGAAAACUUGCAAAAUACAUGGACCAUAUAUGUCUAACAUCUACACAGGUAGUGCACAUGUACCGCAGUGUGUGAGUUUUUGGUGGGAAUUUGUGAAUGUGCCGAAGAAACAUUAAUCGCAAACGUUAGUUUUAAUUUACCGGAUUUCAGGAAAUUUAUUACUAGUUCGUUAAUUAACUUAAUUAAGACGGAAUUAUCUGGAGAUGCUGGUGGAUUUUAAUCGACUGGAGCGUUUUCUGUGUGGGAUAUAAUCAGUUCACUGUGUGUUUUACUAUUCCCCGGGGGUGUGGACUUGGAGAGAUAUGGCGGGCCCGGGGGAGAAGUUCGUUAGAGUCAACUACCGACAUUACCACUCCUGGCUCAUCCCACGGUCAGCUGUCUGCUCCAUCUUGUCAUGUGCCCUCAUCUCUAUGCUGAUCGGAAUCAUCCUACUGGCGAUCGGAGGGUUCCUGACUCCCUGGGGAGCGGUGAUGUUCGUGGUAGGAGUGCUGUGUCUAUGUGUGUGUAUUUGCCUGUGCCUUCACGCCUACUGCAUAUUCAAACUCAAGGACCAGGAGACACAGACCACGGAUGAAAUCCACAUGUUUUCCUCCAAGGACUCUGAAUUAUCGCCCACCUUCACAGUAAUGGACAAGAAGCCUCCCAUUGGGCCGGACAGUGGUAUGAGGAACGGACGUUAUACAGGCGGUGGAGGGUCGCUAGCGAAGAAACAAGUGUCCAUAUCUCCUGAAGUGUCCGUUCCCAUACAGCACCAUGGGCCACAGCAGGUGCAAGUGUCGUACGUCCAGGCUAACAGGUCACACCCCCAGUCGGCGACGUAUACGUCAUCGGGUGGUCAGUCUACCCAGUCGUCUGGACAACAAGGCCAGACGUCAGGUGAGGGGUUCAGGGGUUAUGGUUCGACCCAUGGCGGAGGAGGGUAUGUGACCGGAGGUAGCACCUCUCAUAGUGGGAGUAGACAGGUGGCAACCGGAACUACUCAAUCGCAAGGUGGAAUUAGCAAUAUGUCUGGAAGUUAUAGCGGAAGUGGUGGACACGUGACCGGGAACCAUCCACAAAACAACCCAAGUUCUCAUGUAAACAUCGGUUACUCUCAAUAUGGCGGUAGUGGACAGUUAUCACCCGGGGGGUAUCAGGCCAGCAGAAGCGGAACCAUGUCGUCUGUUAGCUCACGUGGACACAGUCCAGGGUACGGAUAUCCGCUACAGCCACACCAGCCUACCCCUUACAGCACACUGACGCAAAAAUCGGCCAUACCCGUCAGUGUGUCGCAUGUACAACAUGGUCAGGUGCACAAAGUGGCUGGCGGAUAUGAUGAAGACUAUGACAAUACGGCAGAAACAGCGCCGAUGAUAGGGCACUCACAAAAUCAAAGUAACCAAUCGUGGCGUCCGUCAGGGUCAUCACGUGACGACGAUGUACCAGAGCCACAACCAUUGGUCUAUCCGUCAGAACGACGACCAAUGACUUUCGAGCAAACGUCUACAUCUAAAAUGAGUAUUUAUGAUAACAUGUAUGCGUUAGAUAAGUUGGGUGAAUGAGUACUUCUUAUAAAAGCUAGUAAUUUCAAAGGUAGAAGUUCAGAGUACGCCACUGUUUAGGUUGCGAGCAUGUUUAAAACAUGAAGCAAUACAUAUAUACCAUACGACAACUGACAUUCGUCUCACGAUUAAAUGUCCUUUACAUUAGCACCAUAAAAGUAUACCUUACUCGCGUCAUAUUUCGACCCUUAUGAUUUCCCAUUUGAUGGUAUAUACCACGUAGAGGCUAGUUUUGACAGGUUGAUCGUUUUAUGAGCCAAAUUGGUCUAAUUUUCAAGAUUAUUUUUUCAUAAUUUUAAUCUAUGAAAUCUAUGAUUCCCCAUACUCGUUUCAUACCAUCAGGUGCAAUUGUGCUGGGUUUGAGAUAUAUUACUUAACACCGAGAGUGCUCGUCGUUGCAGUUUAAACGCAAGUAGAAAACAGAAUAAGUUUUUGUGAAAAAAACGUGCAUGUAUGAAUUCACAGAUGAAUUUACUUAAAUUUAUUUAUUUAAACAGUAUUUUUUCCUGACAUACUGCAAUAUCAACAUGUCUGUAGGCCAUCGACUCACAAUUUGAGUAUACAUCGACAGACCUUAUUACAUACAAUGUGACGUUAAUGAAAAGCAAUCCAUCCAAUUGGAAAAGGCUGUGACGUCAUGGGAAUUGUUUCUAUUGACGUCACACGUAUGAAAGGUCGCAUCAAUGUAGUGAAUUAUACGUUACACCAGACAUAGCUACACGUACAUAUAUGUACAACAGGAAUUAUGUGAUCGUUAGCUUUACAUGGCGCUUUGCUUUCACCUUUUUUUGCAAUUUACAUAUAUAAAUACAUUUGUUUGAAGCUUGGAUUCGCUUGUGCUACUUCCACAAAAUUAAAUGAUAACGGUGCUUAUAGGGUUAGGGUAGUAGUAUAUAUAUAUGUAUCUACUGGUGAAGAUUUGUAAGUGCGCUUCCGUACAAUAAACCACGUUACAAUCGCCAUUAUUAAAACGUUCUCUUAGAGUGAGAAGCAGCACGUUCGUGAUGAGAUGUUGUAAUGUGAUUGGUUUAGAUUUAUUUUCAAAUCGUGUUUAAUGCUUGUUUUUGAAUGUAUGUUUAUUUCCAUUUUAAAUGCAAGUAUAUUCAGAUACAAUGGUAGUUAUUACAGUCAACGAAAAGUUAGUUAUUUGUUUUAUUUAAGAACAUUUGCAUAUGAACUUGAAAUACACGUGUAGGUGUAGUUGUGGCAAUUAACGAAAUAUGUACACGAGUAUGUCGGGUCUAGCCCAAUAACACUUUACCUCCCUUGACACAUGUUAUAUGACUAAUUAAUGGCACCAUACUAACGUAAUGCCUGCGUUGUUUUGAGAGAGUGCACACAUGUCGAGAGGCCAGCCCAAGUACGUCCUUCCCUCACUCACUCAUGUUAUAUAAUUACAUGAUAAACCAAUACCACUACCUAACUGACGAUGUGUCUGAGUACAGUCUGUUAGAGGUCCCGCCCAUACACAAACCUUACCGAUACCUUACUGACGAUGUGUCGGAGUACAGUCUGUUAGAGGUCCCGCCCGUACACAAACCUUACCGAUACCUUACUGACGAUGUGUCUGAGUACAGUCUGUUAGAGGUCCCGCCCGUACACAAACCUUACCGAUACCUUACUGACGAUGUGUCUGAGUACAGUCUGUUAGAGGUCCCACCCGUACACAAACCUUACCGAUACCUUACUGACGAUGUGUCUGAGUACAGUCUGUUAGUGGUCCCGCCCGUACACAAACCUUACCGAUACCUAACUGACGAUGUGUCUGAGUACAGCGUGUCAGGGGUCCCGCCCGUAAAAACCUUACCGAUACCUUCCUGACGAUGUGUCGGAGUACAGUCCGUCAGGGGGUCCCGCCCUUACACAAACCUUUCCUGUCUUUACCCCUAUCUACGGUUUUUUUCGACAUUGUGACGUCGUUUAGCUUGGCAUACUGUAUAUUGAUACACAUGUAUUUAUAUUAAUAUAAUUUAAAAAUACGUAUAUUUAUAUAUAGGAAUUAUGUAUGGUUGUACAGCAGUGAAAAUAUGUAUUUUAUUACAAUAAAGAAAACAUGUUAAAGAAAUCGUGUUGUUGUUUAGCCUACUGUUGUUUUUAAUGUACCUUCAUUGAUCUUGAAACAAAUUUGUCAAUGGUAAAUCUAGGAAACCAAAUAGAAGUGCCCAAAAACAUACGAACUUCAUCUCCUCCAUCCACACACACGCACUUUUGAGA